AUGAUAGAGACAUUGAAUGUCAUAGUCAAUGAUGGAUCAAGCGUAGGCGCUUAUACACUUGAUCUGAUUGCGCCUCCGAAGUUGACUUCGGAGAUCUCUCAGUUGCCAACGCUCGAACAUAAAAGGUUCUUGCGUGAUCUGCGUCGUGGCAAAGUCAAGCAGAUCUGCGUACUCGUCGCUGACGACGAUUUUGUAGCCGACACAAGGUCAGCAACAGUGUUCACUGAGAAAGAGAGAGUUCUCAGUAGUUCAUCUAUGGACGAGAGUGUCCUAGAUGAAAAGACACGAAUUGAGCGAUAUGACUCCCAAUCGUGGGAAUCGCUCAAGACAAGUACUCUCUAUGAAGAUUUGGUUGAAUUCAAGGAUGUAUUCCCUGAAACUGUUCCGUGCGAAUUACCGAAGGAUGAAGGUAUUCGACACGAGGUCGAGCUUCAACCAGGCUCGAAGUACUGUGUCAUGAAGCAGUGGCCACUGCCUCGUGAACAAGUACUUGCGAUCGACAAGUUCUUUGCCGAUCGUUUAGCUGCGGGCCAUGUGACAACUUCCCCACAUAGCUCUCCGACCUUCUGUGUGCGAAAAGCAACAGGAGGGUGGCGGAUAGUGCAUGCAUUUAACAAGUUGAAUGCUGCAACGGUACCGGCUCGGACGCCGAUACCAAGCAAGGACGUAAUCAUUGAUGGUAUGUCAAAGAGUACCAUCUUUUCGUCCAUGGAUUUGAUGGAUGGCUCUUCUCAAAUCCUUAUGCGGGAACGGGAUAUACCCUAUACCGCAGUUAGCACGCCUAGCGGUAUGCUCUGGGAAUGGCUAGUAAUGCCACAAGGGCUUAGUAAUGUCCCUGCCACGUUCAACAGAUGUGUAUCACAUCUGUUGAGACCAGUACGAGAAUUCGCGCCGAGUUAUUUGGAUGACGCAUUCAUCCAUAGUCGAGCUAUGGAUGGAAAGUCGAACGUUGAGGUUCACAGGUACCACGUCCGACAGGUUCUUACAAUCAUGCGAAAGCAUCAAUUGUAUGCAAACCUCAAGAAGUGUAUAUUUGCAGCAAGCGAAAUAUCACUUCUUGGGUGUAUCAUUGGUAAGAACGGUGUACGUCCUGAUCCCAAAAAGAUCAAGGCGAUCACCGACUGGCCUGUGCCGGUUGAUGUCAAAGGUCUUCGAAAAUUCCUUGGGCUAGCGGCGUAUUUGCAUAAGUAUUCACGCAAUUACGCCGAGAUGACUGUGCACCUCUCUCGUUUGUUGAAAAAGAACGAGAGGUGGUUAUGGAACGCUGAAUGUCAACGCUCCUUUGAUGGUAUCAAGCAGAGCUUGACAUAA